UUUGUUGACGAGGGUAUGUGUCACGCGAUAGUACUGUGACACUGUUGAUUUCCAGUUCUCCUUUGACAAGAGUAUUGGUUUAGGACAAGACACAGUAAAUAUUUUGUCGAUAAGUAUUGUCUUUCUGGGUUAAUGGAGAGCAACAGACACUACUGGGACGUGUGUCAAUAACGAAAGAUUUAACCAUUAGAAUUUAACAAGAAGUCAUUCUAACCUAUUUAAUUGGUUGAGAAUGGCCAGCAGUAGGGAUGCCAGUGAGAGCACCCCUCUUUUGGACUCAGGUUCUGAAACUAGACCUUCACCACCAUCAGUUUUUCAGGGGAGAAGACUGGCAUGUGCUGCCAUCCUGCUGGCUGAGUCUUUAGAAAGGAUUGCAUUUUAUGGCAUCACAUCCAAUCUGGUCCUUUUCCUCAAUAGCAGUCCAUUUUAUUGGGAGGGUACCCAGGCGAGUCAGGCACCACUGAUGUUUAUGGGAGUUACUUACCUGAUUUCACCUUUUGGAGGAUGGCUGGCAGAUGCAUACCUUGGAAAAUUCUGGACAAUUGCAUCAAGUUUGAUCCUAUAUUUCAUUGGAAUGCUGCUUUUCCCUUUCAUUUCUAAUGAAAACACAAGAAUUGGUUUUUGUGGAGAAGAGGUGGCCUUUCCUGUACAGCCUGCUGAAUGCCAAUCAAACAGUACCACUCCAAGCAAUGUAACCUGCCCCAUCCGGGCUCCAUAUUGUGGUCCAGCAGUCUACAGUGGACUUUUUUUAAUUGCAUUAGGUGUGGGUACAGUAAAGUCCAACAUCACACCAUUUGGAGCAGAUCAGGUCAAAGACCGAGGACCAGAGGCCACACGCAGAUUCUUCAACUGGUUUUACUGGUGCAUCAAUCUAGGAGCCAUUCUGUCACUGGGUGGUGUAGCCUACAUCCAACAGAACUUCAGCUUUGAGCUUGGCUACAUCAUUCCCUCUGUGUGCCUUGGGGUCUCCUUCCUGGUCUUUCUUCUUGGCCGUACUGUGUUUAUAACCAAGCCCGCUGAUGGCAGUGCCUUCACAGAUAUGUUCAAGAUCCUGGGAUAUGCCUUCUGUUCCAAGAAACCCAAAGAGCCUAACCUGCUCCGCAACAAGCCUACAUUACUGGACAGUGCCAAAGUGUCUUGUGGUGGAAAAUUUCCAGAAGAGAAAGUAGAAGAAGUGAAAGCUCUGGUGAAAAUCCUUCCAGUUUUCUUUGCUCUCAUCCCAUACUGGACUGUGUACUUCCAAAUGCAGACAACGUACAUCCUGCAGAGCCUCCAUCUGAGGAUUCCUGAUGCCGGCUCAAACACAAACAGCUCUGCUGAGUCCCACCAGAUGGCAUUCCGCUUCCCAGCAGCGUGGCUCACAAUGUUCGAUGCAGUGCUCAUCCUUAUGCUGAUUCCCCUUAAGGACAAAGUGGUUGACCCCAUCCUGAAACGCCGUGGCCUGCUACCCUCCUCUCUGAAGAGGAUUGCAGUGGGAAUGUUCUUUGUUAUGUGGUCAGCUGUGGCAGCCGGUAUUUUGGAGACGAAACGCUUGGACAUCGUCAACAGAAAUGGUACCAUUGACCAGGUGCUGGGCAAUGUAAUCUACUAUGCAGCAGAUUUACCCAUAUGGUGGCAAGUGCCUCAAUACGUGCUGAUAGGGAUCAGCGAAAUCUUUGCCAGCAUUGCAGGUCUGGAGUUUGCCUAUUCUGCAGCCCCUAAGUCCAUGCAGAGCGCCAUCAUGGGACUCUUCUUUUUUUUCUCUGGAAUUGGCUCAUUUGUGGGCUCCGGAUUGUUGGCUAUCGUGUCCCUUAAGGAAAUCGGCUGGAUGUCAUCUCACAAAGACUUUGGUAAUAUAAAUGACUGCCAUCUGCACUACUACUUCUUUCUCCUGGCGGGGAUCCAAGGCGUUACCUUGCUGGUCUUCCUCAUCGUCUCUGUCAAGUAUGACAAACAGAGGGGAAGAGCAGGAAGCCAGAGGCAGAGCCACGUCUCCUCUUGACCCCAACUUGAGCCUUUGUUCAGUACCUCCAUCACCAUACCUGCCUUUUCCUGUACAAAAAGACCCUGUCAAGUCGGUACUUCCACUCAAGAUACUACAGAGGUUGAGGUUACUUCGAUCAUGACACUGUCUUUUAGAAGUUUAAUGUUUUCUUUUUUGAGCUCGUCUCCAGCCUUAAAGUGGGGAUUGCUUAUUGUCUUUCAUCCCUGAGUGGUUGCACUGGUACCUCUGAAAGUGUAGAGAUUAAUGCAAAAGCCAUGUUUGAAUCAUUUCUACUGUACUCCCUCACUCAUGUCUGUUUACUCUCGUUGCCUUUUUUGAUCAUUUGCACUUGACUUGAGGAGUGGUACCAGAAACAUGAAGUAUUUAAUUCAUU